UCACUAGUUUAGAAAUAUAACCUUACAAAAAAGUGUUGACGUUUAUUUGCUUUUUUUAUUUUUGGUUUUCCUGGUUGGAUGAAGAAAAAGUUAAUAUAAAACCGCAGUAUAUUCUAUCCAUUAGUAUAUCUCUUGUCUAUGAUUCUAUCUACUGCGAUAGAAAUCCGAUGUAUUUGAAUUGAUUUUAGUUAUACUGUGGUUAUACUCAAUAUGUGGUUAAAGUUAGUGCUUUUUAUCUGCUUUCUACAAAAAAUAACGGAAUGCCUGCCUGUUGCUGAAAAUGAAAAGUUCUUAGAAAAUCCUAGGUAUCAUAAUUACGAUGAGCUAACAAAUUUGUUUAGAAAAUUGGAAACGGAAAAUCCAGAAAUCGUUAAACUACUUAGUAUUGGUAGAUCUGUUAAAAAUAGAGAAUUAUGGGUUUUACAUAUUAAUUCAAAUGUACAAAACAGAUCUCUGUUAACACCUAUGUUUAAAUAUGUUGCUAAUAUGCAUGGAGAUGAAUCUAUCGGAAGACAGUUAAUGAUUUAUUUAGCUGAAUAUCUUGUACUAAAUUAUGGAGUAAAUGAUAGAGUUACUAGAUUAAUUAAUACAACAGAUAUUUAUCUAAUGCCAAGUAUGAAUCCAGAUGGAUUUGAAAAUUCGCAGGAAGGUCUUUGUGAAUCAAAGUCAGCCUAUGUCGGAAGGGAGAAUGAACAUAGUAUUGAUCUUAAUAGAGAUUUUCCAGACCAGUUCCAUCCUCAAAGAUCAGGUACAAUUAUAUCUGAUAGACAACCAGAAACACGAGCCAUGAUAACUUGGAUUUUGUCUAGACCAUUUGUUUUGUCAGGAAAUCUACAUGGCGGAGCUGUUGUUGCUAGCUAUCCAUAUGAUGAUUCUUUAGCAGGAGGUGUAUGUUGUAAAGAAAGUAAGAGUCCUGAUAAUAAUGUAUUUAAAGAAUUAGCCCUAACUUAUGCACAAUUGCAUCCACUGAUGAAAAAAGGAAAUGCAUGUCCCAAUGAUAAUUUUCCAGAUGGUAUUACUAAUGGUGCAUUUUGGUAUGAAGUCACAGGUGGUAUGCAAGAUUUUAAUUAUGUCAAAUCAAACUGCUUUGAGGUAACUUUUGAGUUAAGUUGUUGCAAAUAUCCUCCUGCAAAAAAUUUAACAAUAGAAUGGUAUUAUAACAAAGAAGCUUUGUUGACUUUUAUGGAGGCUUCACAUUGGGGUGUUAAAGGUGUAGUAAACAAUGAACUCGGCCAACCAAUAUUAGAUGCUGAUAUUAUAGUGGAAGGAAUAAAUCAUAAUAUUACUACCUCAAAUAGAGGUGAAUUCUGGCGACUUCUACUACCAGGAAAAUAUAGAAUAUAUGCAGCAGCAUUUGGCUAUCUUCCUUCUAAUCCAGUGGAAGUAGAUGUUACAAAGAAUGAAACUAUUAUUCAAAAUUUUACAUUGAUCCGUGAAUCGGAAACUCAAGAGGAGUAUACGCGAGCAGUGAGUUCCAAUUCCUCAUUGUAUGAUGAAUAUGGGUUCAUGAUACGAGAUCCUGAUUUAUUUAAACAUCAUCAUUACAAGGAUAUGGUGGAUUUUCUCAAACUUUACAACAGAACUUACCCAAAUAUUACGCAUAUGUAUUCUAUUGGAAAAUCGGUGAAAGGAAUGGAGUUAUUUGUUUUUGUGCUGAGUUCCACUCCUAUGCAUCAUACACCUGGAAAGCCUGAAUUCAAAUAUGUCGCUAAUAUGCAUGGCAAUGAAGUUGUUGGAAGAGAAUUGCUAUUGUAUUUAAUAAAAUAUAUGUGUGAAAGAUAUGGUACAGAUGAUAGAAUAACCAAGUUGUUAGAAACAACACGCAUACAUUUAUUACCUAGCAUGAAUCCAGACGGUUAUGAGGCUUCAGUUGAAGGUGACGCAUCAAGUAGCAAUGGUCGAUCUAAUUCAAAUGGUUUUGAUUUAAAUAGAAAUUUUCCAGAUCAGUAUGGCAUAAAUCAGUUCAAUAGAUUCUUGGAACCGGAGACUCAGUUAGUGAUGCGGUGGAUAACGUCCGAACCUUUUGUGUUAUCCGCUAAUUUACAUAAUGGAGCUCUAGUGGCAAAUUAUCCGUUUGAUGAUAACCCCCCGAAUGCCCCACUAAACCAAGAAAAUCCAUCUCCAGAUGAUAAAUUAUUUAAAUAUUUGGCGAAAACUUAUUCUGAUGCACAUAGAACAAUGCAUGAUGGAACAGCUUGUCCGAUGUUUCCAAAUGAAAAAUUUAAAGGUGGAAUAACAAAUGGCGCAAAAUGGUAUCAAGUUACUGGUGGAAUGCAGGACUGGAACUAUUUGGAGGCUGGUUGUAUUGAAAUUACUUUAGAAAUUGGGUGCUACAAAUACCCAUAUGCAAAAGAUUUGCCAAAAUAUUGGCUAGAUAACAGAGAAGCUUUAAUAAAGUACAUAGAACAAGUUCAUAUAGGAGUUCAUGGUUUUGUUACCAGUACAAUAGGUACUAAAAUAUCACAUGCAGAAAUCAUAGUAGAAGGAAAUAAACAUGCAGUAAAAACAUCUAAAGAUGGCGAUUACUGGAGGUUGCUGUUACCUGGAAAAUAUAACAUUACAUUUACAGCAAGAGGAUACGAACCAUUUACUACUGAAAUUAAAAUUCCUGAAUCUGGAAGCGUACAAUUAAAUCCAAUUUUGAUGAAAGAUGAUCCAACACAUUGGUCAAGUGCGUACGAUUUUGGUGAAUAUCGUAACAUAUUUGCUUUAGGAUAUCACAAUACUUCUCAGUUGUAUACUAUUUUAAGUGACUUUGAAAAUAGAUUUCCCGAUUUUGCUGAGUUUCACGGAGGCGAUGAUCUUGUUUCAAUGUCAAUUCAUUGGUUAGAAAUCAGUAAACAGAUUGAUCAGUCGGAUGAUACUAAAUUUCACGUAGCUGUUAUGGGUAAUUUAUUUGCUACCCAACCUAUAGGAAGAGAAAUUACUAUUAAUCUGGCUCGUCAUAUUCUUACUGGCGCAUCUUAUAAAGAUCCGGCUAUAAUUGAUAUUCUCUCUAAUACUGUAGUUCAUGUUAUUCCUGUUAUAGACAAAUCUUUUGAGCAGAUAUGGGGAGAUUAUCCGAAAGUCACCAAAGUUAAAUCAAAGCCAGAGAAAUAUACUUGCAAUAAUAUAACCGCCGAUUUUAAACAAGUAGGAGAACAAAUUCUUAAUUUAAAUAAUCGAGUUACAAGUAACAGUGAUACUAUUGUUAUUACAAAUGCUUUUAAACAUAUGCUGCUGGAUACAAAAUUCGAUUUAAUAUUAAAUAUUGAAGGUGGUGGAAGCGGUAUAUUAUAUCCUCAUACUCAGGAUCAAAUCAAAAUAUACAAACGGUUAGCGGAUCUUUACGAGGAACAUUUGAAAGUACCACAACUGUGCCUACAAAGCACAAAUGGCACUAAUGAUCUUUUAACAGACUUUCUCUAUAAAGAAUAUAAUACCCCAAUGAUCACUGCUAAAGUCACUUGUUGUGAUUAUCCUGCUGUAGAUAAUAUACCGUAUAUUUGGAGGGAUGUAUUGGAGCCUUUGAUGGCAGUUUUGAAUGCUACUAGAACCGGUAUCCAAGGUAUUGUUAAAAGCUCUGACAAUCUUUUACUACAUAACGCAACAGUAAGAGUAGUGGGAUCUGAUCAGGAUUAUGAAGUUAGCAAAAUUAAAGCACAUUUUAAAAUAAUGUUGCCCCCUGGAGAACAUACAAUACAAGUCGCCUGUCAUAAUUAUAAUUCAAAAGAAUUGACUGUGGUAGUAAAAGAGCUGGUUUUAAGCGAUAUUAACGUAGUUUUAAUAAAAUUAAAAGAUAAACCAAGUAGUACUAUUGAAAAUAUCGAUCAUAAUGAUAAAGCUAUGAAGACUGACAAUACUAUCCAUGAUCCGUUUGAUGGUCCAAUUACAACAGGUAUCAAAGGAUAUAUCAAUGAUGAUCAAAGUCAUCCUGUGCCAAAUGCUAAGAUAUUUAUAGUAGAAUUAAAUCAAACAAGUUUUUCCGAUAACAAUGGGAAAUAUGGCGUGCCUUUACACAUGGGAACUUAUACUGUGAUAGUUGAGGCUUAUAACUACUUUAAACAUGUUAAAAUUAUAACUUUAAAUAAUCCCAAUGUGCCUAAAGUGGCGAUAUUUACUUUAAAGAGGAACACAACCAUUUGGGGUGUACCACGAUUUGCAUUUGUCACAUUAACAGGUUUUAUAUUAGCUGGAAUGCUAGGACUGUGCAUAUUUUGUUUUGUAACAUGUAAAAAGCGUAGUUUUGAGUAUGGACUUUUGUCUGAAAAUGGAUUUUUUGAGGACUUCAAAGAUGAUGAUGAAACAAAAGAGACUGAUUUGUUUACUCGGCCUAUUGGAAAGAGGCCUAUUACACGACCAUAUUAUGAUGAGGAUGAUGACGACGAUGACGUCGAACAUGAUUUUGCUGAUAUAGAAGAAAGUUAUUUAUCUAGCUCUGAAGAAAAUGAGGAAAUUAAGCUAUUAAACUUAAAUAUUAAGAAUUAACUUAGUUAAAGCUAAAUCUUUUGCAAAGGGAAAACUGCUUUUUUCCAUAUUGAUCAAACCUUUUUAGAUGUAUUGAACGAUAUGGAAAGUUUCAGAUUUCUUUUAUGUUAAGAGUAAAAAAAUUAUAUUUUUUGAUAAUUCAAAUUAUUUAAUAUUGAAUUAUUUACAAUAAAAUUUUAGAUUAUAUAUGCAAUAUGUACAGGAUAGCCUGUUUUUAACCAGUCAGAAUUUAACUGGAGAUGAACGAAGCAAUUUUAAUCUAUAAAGUUCCUAUAAACAAGUAUUUUGACCGGUCUCGUUGCGAAACAAUUCUAUAAUUUCUUUUUCGGUGGAAAGGCCAAACCAAACACCAUUUUCAGGUCUAGAUUUGGUCACUUGUCUUUGGUCAGCAAUAGCACUAGCAUUGGUCACCACAGUUGACUAGUAUUGGUCAGCACUUCUUCCUACUCUCCAAAGAGAAAAAGAAGACAAGUACUGUAUGAUCGAAAAAAAAAAACGGCGUCCAGUUGGCUGGGAAAUGACGAUCGAUGACAUUUCCCAUAUAAAUUUACAUAUAAAAUGACAGCGAUCUUCAUUUCAUAGCCAUCACUAACGCCGUUUUUUUUUUGAUAAUAUGGUACUAGAAAUCUGAUGUAGGACUGAUCCUCACAACUGUAUAUUUUUAAACAUUGUAAAACGGGCAAUUGCGCACCGGCACAUACCUGAAAUAAUGUCAAAGUUACAAUAAUUAUACCAUGCGAUAAAAAAAACGGUUGGGAAAUGAAAAUCAGUGAUAAUUUUGGCGAGGUCAAGCCGUAGGCGUCAUUUACCUAGCCCAUACUGUACUUUAUUUUCUUAAUGGCGCUUACCGCUAGUUGGCCUUAGGAAGGCCAUAUUGAGUAAAAAUUAUUUUUAAAAAAUCAAAAAAUGAUUUUUUUAAGAAAAACUAUUUUUGUGGAAAUCAAUAUAUGUCUAUCGUUUUUUAAUGUUUCUAUAAUUAGUCUUAUUUUUGACAAGUUUUAUGUCAAUAUUAAGUAAAAAAUGUCUAGAGAUUGACCUCGUCAAAAUUAUCAGUGAUUGUCAUUCCCCAGCCGCUUUUGACACCUUUUUUUCGAUUAUAUAUAUAAUUUACCAAAAAUUCUAAACAACUAGAAGGUCUGUCACAAAGGUAUGAUACUUAAAGACAGCUUCUGAGCAAAGUAAGUGUAGACCAACUAUAGUAAAUACCUAGUAGAAUAUGUAGUUUUGAUUUCAGGACUUUUAUUUUUAAUAACUCUUUUAAAAA